CUGUUAAAAGGCACAAGUUGUAAAAUUCCGCGCAGUGCUCAAUUACUAUACUGUACGGUAGUGUGGGUCAUCGCAGUUAGGUGGGAUGGAACAUAGAACGCACACAGGGAGGGUUGAGGAUGGCGAUGUGGGGUGGUCACUGGCCGGGUGACGACCCUGGGACAGAGGGAGAGCGGGAGGGGGUCGACUAGUGACAGGAUGCAGGUGCGCGGAUGUGUUGGGAGGGAUGGAGGAUGAAGAAGCGAGGGACAAAAUGAGAGAAGACAGCUAUCGCAAAGGUGAGAACACAGUUUCCACCAAGGGCGCGAGUGUGUGAGAUCGAGUUUCGCCACAGCCAGCACCAUCGACUGGCUUUAUUGUAGUCAAAGCGAUUUAGAACCCACGAAAGUGUUGUGUUGUGGAAAGAUCGAGGGAAGAGCACCGCAUCUUACCCUGUUACAAUUACACUCACGUUCCAGAGGUGAACCGACGAACUACAGCCCAGCUGCGCACAACACAACUCAAUACGUACACGCAUAGUCAGACUCUGUCAACGUCAAGCACGCGAUGUCAGCUCAGAAACGCAAGCGAACCGACUUUACGCUGAAGGAGAAAAAGGAGAUCAUCGAUGCCGCGAAAAAUGAGCCGAAUCAGUCGAAGUUGGCCAGGGAGAUAAGCAAGAAAUGGGGCGUCGAAGUUAAGAGAACCACUGUGAAGGGCAUUCUCAGCAAGAAGGAUGCAAUCGAGGCUGCAAUCAAAGUUGGUGUUCCAUCGAAACGCAUGAAGUUGAAGCAGGCUCAUGACCCGAAGCUUGAUGAGGGAGUGCUCAUGUGGCUGAAGCAAGCAAGAGGACAGAAUCUGCCUAUCAGCGGCGGUCUUAUCAAGGAGAAGGCGAUGAAACUGGCCGAGCUGAUGCACAUUCCGGACUUCAUGGCAAGCGACGGUUGGUUGGACAAGUUCAAGAAGCGCCACGGCAUCACGUUCAAGACAGUGCAGGGCGAAGCUGGAGCGGUGGAUUCGCAAUCCCUUCUUGAGUGGCAACAACAGGUUCUCCGACCCUUACUAAGGCAGUUCUCUGCAGACGACGUCUUCAACCUGGACGAGACUGGACUCUUCUGGCAGCUGCUUCCGAACAAGACCAUGGCUUUCAGGGGAGAGAAGUGUACAGGAGGAAAGAAAAGCAAGCAAAGGGUCACUCUUCUGGUUGGGACAAACAUGAGCGGUAGCGAGAAGUUCCCUCUUCUGGUGAUCGGCAGUUCCAAGAGACCCCGUGCCUUCAAGAACAAGGAGAUCCCGGUCGAGUACAAGGCCAACUCGAAGGCAUGGAUGACGGCUAAGCUUUUCGAGGAGACGUUGCGUGCAUGGGACGGACGACUCAGUCAGCAGGGACGCAGAGUGCUUGUUUGUCUCGAUAACUUCUCUGGCCACCCUACCGACCUCCAGCUGAACAACAUCCAACUGGUCUUUUUCCCACCAAACACGACAGCCAAUUCGCAACCAAUGGAUCAAGGAAUCAUAGAGAACCUCAAGCGCCACUACAAGAAGCUCCUGCUAAGCCGCCGACUUGAGGCCAUGGAAGAGGGAAAGGAGUUCAAGUUCACGUUGCUCGACGCUCUACACAUCGCCCGGUGUGCUUGGGAGCAGGUCGGCAAGUCGACGAUCAGGAACUGUUUCGUGAAGGCCAAAUUCAUCGAAGAGGAGAUUCAAACUGAGGCACAGGAUGUAGAGCUGCUCGAGAUCUGGGAAACUCUGCCUGCCGAGGAAAAGAUGCACGAGAACGAGGAGAUCGAGCUGUCUGACUUUCUCAAAGCAGACGAGCGCCUCGCAACUGGCGGGUCUUUCACGAUGGAGGAGAUUGCGGAGGAGAUGCUGUGCAGUGAGGAGCCGGUGGAAAGCGAAGAGGACGAGAUCGAGGAGGAAAUUGUUCCGAUCGAGGAAGCCCAGCGCGCUUGGAGCACCGUCCGGAAGUUCUUACAACAGAGAAGCUGGAAGCCCGAUGUGAUGCAAGCGUGCGAUCGACUAGACAACUUGAUAUACGAGAUCCGCCGAAAGAACAUGCGCCAGCCGACGAUUCGUGAGAGCUUUGGACUGAGCAAAUAAAGCCGUUUUUACGAACCCUCCGUAUUAUGCCACUCUCGCUACUAUGCCACUUUUGCUCGGUCCCGGUAGGUGGCAUAGUAGAGAGAUUUGACUGUAUUCCAGUUCCCUAAAAUGGACAAUCCACACACUCUAGUCCGCUACUGAUCCUUUCUCCCAACCGUCUCUGUAUCCACACGUACAGUUUCUCAGCUCCUCCGUUUUCACGUCCGUUUCGCUCUCCAUAAAUUCCUCACUCCCUCUCCCCUCUAAAACUACGUCAUAAAAAUGACGCCAUAAAACUACGUCAUAAAAAAUGACGUCGGGUUCUGGCGCAAAACCACGACGCAGUAAAACCACUCAUAUACUGACUGGUAAGGGCGAUAAUCUCUGAAAUCUCUAAACAAAAGACAGGGGUAACAACCCCCUGUUCCUAACAAACCACAGGGCGCAUUCUGAGGUAUCGGGUUCAUGGUGAGAGCUAACUUGACCUCUCUUUCAAACUCGUCGACACACUGAGUUGGUCCGCCAGAUAACUUCUGACAGCAGAAUAGCUGGUAUGUUCGUAGAGCAUAAACCCUGUCAGGACUGGUGAACUUACUCCUACAUUAAAAUGGAUAACAAACAGGUGAAGUUUAUGCAGUGGAACUGCAGGGCGCUAAAUAGUAAUAAACACGACUAUUAAACUUCAUUAAAAGUAAUCUUUGUUGUCUUGGAUGGGAACCUGUCUUGGUCGGUGGUCGUUGUCUCUUCAGUUUUUAUCUGGUGUUCUACGUUGUGGUCAUUUACUGGCUCUGAUGCUGCGUCAUCUAUGGGCUGUGAGGCUGGAACAGGUUCUUCUAAUGGGGUAACUGUUUGGGGGGCUGAUGGGAGCGAGUUUUGUUGUUUCUUCAUGAGCUCAUUAGUGGGUGCUGUUCCCUUUCUAGUCCAGUACCUUUCUUUUGAUGAGUUCAGUGUGUCCCUGUACGACAUUUGGCCGGUCACGAUGAUCUGGCUGGCUAGCCUAUGGAUAACCCUGCAGGGGCAGCCUCCGUACCGAGCACUGUGGCCAGUGGUGCCACAAUUUAUGCAGGCAAAGUCCUUAAUGUCUUGGAUUGAGCAGGCUCUGGUGUCAUGUUCUUCGCCGCAUCGCCCACAGACUUGAGCCUUGAGCUUACAGUUGGUUGCAACAUGUCCAAACCCGUUAUAGUUGUAACACUGUCGUUCAGUUUGAUAAAACUGCUCUACACUGUAUGUCUGAUACCCUAUUUUGACUGACGUAGGCGUCUUGCUAUCUUUGAACUUGAGGAGGAUCGCCUUACUUGGGGUAGUUUUAUUGUCUUUAGUUCUGAAAUUAAAUCUUUUAAGCGCUCUUACUUUUGGGCCUUUGUUAUCUGCUAAUAACUGGUUUAUUUCUUCCAGGCUUUCGUCUAAUGGAAUGUUCUUAACUACACCUAACCCCUUUUUUUUUUGGUCUGUCUUUACAGGUAUGUUUUAUCCUGGUGGAUAGCAUGUUACUGCUAAACCUAGAAAGGAUUUGAGAUUUGCUGCUUCUAGUUGCUGGUUUUUAUUUGAGCAGCCAAUGAUUUGUUUGUUCUAAUAUUUGGCCAUAUUUCAACAACCUCACCUAGUUUGCUUUUAACCUCCGUGGUUAAUUUUGCAGGGCCGGCUGUUGCAGUCGCCCUGUUUUCCUUCUGUACAAUGUCCAGUUCUCAGGUACCAAGCUAUUCAUGAACUCACUGCAGCCACCGCCUGUAACGCCGACGUAGCCAUCUUUACACACACAUCGUCCACCGCUGGCUGCAGGGCAAAGUGCAUUUUCAUCUUCACAGUUAGCUUCUAGUUGCUGGUUUUUAUUUGAGCAGCCAAUGAUUUGUUUGUUCUAAUAUUUGGCCAUAUUUCAACAACCUCACCUAGUUUGCUUUUAACCUCCGUGGUUAAUAUUUAACCUCCGUGGUUAAUUUUGCAGGGCCGGCUGUUGCAGUCGCCCUGUUUUCCUUCUGUACAAUGUCCAGUUCUCAGGUACCAAGCUAUUCAUGAACUCACUGCAGCCACCGCCUGUAACGCCGACGUAGCCAUCUUUACACACACAUCGUCCACCGCUGGCUGCAGGGUAAAGUGCAUUUUCAUCUUCACAGUUAGCUUUGGUGUUCGGAGCGGUAGCUUCACAAGUUGCUCCAAUAGUAUUUGCAGCAACUGAAACAUCGAAUUUCGAGUAAAAUCUUUUCUUGUUUUUCCUCGGGACUCUCCUUAUCCUCCUUUAUUUGUGGAUUUGAGAUUUGCUGCUUCUAGUUGCUGGUUUUUAUUUGAGCAGCCAAUGAUUUGUUUGUUCUAAUAUUUGGCCAUAUUUCAACAACCUCACCUAGUUUGCUUUUAACCUCCGUGGUUAAUUUUGCAGGGCCGGCUGUUGCAGUCGCCCUGUUUUCCUUCUGUACAGGAGCAAUUAUUAUGGGGAACCGUAGCUGGGGUGCGUUCCCUUGUCUCUCUUUGGGAGAUGUUUUGGGGAGAAGUUUCUUUUUCCGAGUCUGUAUCAAGGUCGUCUUCUUCUACGUUGUUUUCAAACUUUGGUCGGUCAGUCACAGUUGAUAGUGAGUCGUUGCUCGUCUCGCUGACAAUAAAGUCGUCUUCGAACCCCAUAUUUUUUUGGACAAACUUCUAGUUAUAAUUUUAUCACUAGGUUUAUCUGUCCCUCUUUUGGUUUGCUGAGGGUGGUCCCCAUUGCAAACACGUGUUUGGGAGUACUAUUGGACUUUUGAUUAUGAUUUGAGACAUUAAUUUACCCUGAAAUUUACUUCUUUUUUUUUUUCCAGGUAAGUAAAAGUAAUUAUGGACUGAACGUUAGAAAGCAGAACAGAAGACAGAAGGUAGAGGUGGAGAUUUACACCUGUCAUUAAUAUUGAAUUUCCUCAGCUGGCGCUGAACUCCUCUCCUUCUCUUUUGCUUAGCCAGUUGCACCUGGAAAAAAGUCCAAGAAAAUAUUCAAAAGCUAAGAUAAGAUAACUUUAUUGUCCAGAAGGAGAUGUGUCUUCCAGCAUGCAAGUAGUCAGAGAGAAAAUCAAAAACAUCAACAAUAACAUCAGCAAUGGCAGAAGUGAGCACACACACACACCCACACACACACAUGCCCGCAUCAAAAGGACAAUACACCAGUUUCCAUGAAUACAUAAUAACAGUGAUAACAGAGAUGGGAUUACGUCAUCCCCCUUGUGUGUAACACGUCAGGUUCGGUCUACUAGUCGCUUAUAGUUUUUUCUUUGUUGAGAGCAGAGAUGGCCGAUGGAAUGAAUGAGCUUCUGUAAACGUUCUUUUUCGCAAGAGGGGCCCUCAAUCUCCGUCCUGAGGGCAUAGGCUCGAAGCGGGGGGUUGAGUGGAUGGGUGGGGUCAAGCAUGAUUUGUUUUGCUUUCCGGACAAGGGCUGGAUCGUACAGGUGGGAAAGGGUCAGCUGUUGUGAGCGUACGAUUUUGCUGGCUGUGUUUUAUGACGCGCCUCAGUUUAUUCUUGUUUGUCACGCUUGUCUGGCCAUACCAAGAGACAAUAUUGAAUGUAAUUACGCUUUCUACCAGCGCACGAUAGACAUCUCCCAAAAUGUGUUCGCUUACAUUAAAAAAGCAGCACAAACAAGCACACUGCAUGACAUUUACAUGAACACUAUUGUGGAAAUGAACCCUAACAAAACUAUCAACUAAGAUGACUGAGCAAUUGGUAUGAGAAAAUAGUAGUAAGAAACUAAAAUACUAGCAAGCUGCAAGUUGCCCUCAUGUUGAGCAUCCUUGACCAUUUUGUUUUGAGUGUGAACAGAAAUUUUGCAUACAGCAUAUAAUAAAGCGCACGAUCAACAAAAACACUCUGGCUACUAAUAAGCAAAUAAAUAAGAAUUGACUAUUAAAUUAAGCCCGUAGUGUUGCAUCAGUUUCCAGAUGGUUUCUCUGUCUACAGAGUCAAAAGCCUUCUCAAAAUCCACAAAAGUUAUGUAGAGUGGCGACUGCCAUUCGAUGGACUGUUCAAUAAAAUUUCGUAGUGUAGCAAUUUGGUCUGUGCGUGAUUUACCCUGCCCAAAGUCUGCCUGUUCUUGCCUCAGUCUCUUGUCUAGGGCAUUCUUCAAAAGGCCUGGUCCCAACUGUUUUGUGUCUCAGGGUUUUUUCCGCACAGACAUCGCUCUGCGUGCUUCUUAUUUUGAUGCAGGGAAUUUAAUGAAAUCAUUUAUAUGUGCAGAAAAAUGUAUAUUAUGCACAAGCGAUAACCAGUGACACCGUAGAUAUGUUAAUUCCAAAAGUGUCACUGAUCACGAUCUGGAAGAACUCUGCAGCAUCAGAUCUCAGUUUUGCUGUCAGCUGUAUGAUAGGUGACAAAAUACCUUUUCGCGGCAGUGGGUGGUCAAUGACAUCUUGUAUUAACUCGCACAGAUACAAGAUAUCGGCUCACUGGAAAAGAAACCAUGCAUACAACUCGUCGUCAUCGUAUAUAGUUUUAGUUUAUUCCUUGUUGUUCCCUUGUGCAGCAUAGGGCCGCAAAAGCAUAGCAUUGGAUGAUGGUGAUUUUCCUUUCUUUGGCAUUUAAUCUUGCUGACAUGAGCCGUGGUGAGACUGGUUUCCAGGCCACCAGUGCCUUUGUUGACAGCAGUGCUACUCGCCUGGGUAUGAUUGUGGUCCAGGUAUUUAUGGCCAGAGUAAAUAAGGGUUUCUCCUGAUGUUAGUCUGGUCUGGCCACUUCCAUUCCAUCUGGUUUCGCAUAACCCAAGAACCAUGAUGAUGUAUUUUCUCAUUUUGCUUGCCACUUAAGCUGACUUGCCACUUUUGUAGAGGGUUCUGAUGUUCCAGAUUCCUGUCCUGGGUUUUGGCUUGGUUGUUAAAAGUUAAGUUGGCGAGCUGACUUCCCUAAGGCUUGCGUCAUAAGCUCUGCUAGAGAAGAAUCUUUCUGACCAGGCUCCUAUUGGGAUACUGUUGUGGUUUCUGUAACAGCUUUUGUUUUUACAUGAGAGGGUUGCUAGCCCAAAGCAAACCCCCAACCUGAAGGGCCAGGGUGCAAUAUUUUAGUCUGGACUGUUCCCUGACAGACCUGUUUGGCUUGGUUAAACCUGCACAGGGCUCCUCCCGACUUAGCUCUGUGGAUCGACAAGGCGCGCAAGCCACCACACCACUAUGAGGUAAGUGGCACCAGCUGGUGGUGGGUCAAAUUCAUAUACCACUUUUAAAAAAAAACUCAAAACGGGAACUUACAGUCGGCAUCCAUAAUUUCCCACCAUCAUUAGUACAGGUACAAAUGUGCCAAGAGGUUAUUUAGAUAAAUGAAAACACCAGCGGCACUGAAUGCGGAUAAGUAAUCUCAAAUGCCGGGUUCAGAAAUAUCGCUGGUAAACCCAAGUCUUCAGCACAUUUGGCCAAUUUCACCAAAGUUUCUUUCCUGUAAUUAUUUGAAGUGAUUUCAUGCAUCUGUAGGUAUUGUUUCAGAGCUGGAAGAUUUUCAAAACUUUUGCUGCUAAUGGUGCUGUAUGAAAAGCCAUGUUGUUUUGCCCACACUAGAGAAUGCAACUCCGAAAAGGCCAAGAGUGAUAAGCUGAGGAAAAAGUCUAUUAGGAUAGUCCUACCUCACAGAGAUAACAGAGCAUGUUACUGCCUUAUCAUCCUUGCAAUCGGAAUCUACAUCUGCAUGUGCUUCUUGUCUUGCUCAAAUAAUUCCUCUGAACUUAUUGUGUACGUGGUCUUGACAUUAACGUGACUACUCACUUACACAAGAAACUUGUUAUUAAACAUGCAUAACUUAACACAAAAUACAUAUAAUUGGACAACAAAAAAAAUUUA